ACGCACGCGCGCUCCCUCCAGCCUCGCUCCCGCCCUGGUUUCCACAUGCACGAGAACAACGCCGCGGGAGCGAGCUGAGAAGUUUGUGCAGCCGGGCGAUAGCGAGCGGCACAGUAGGAACUGCACCUCGAUCUCUGGUGCAGGGCCAAGACCGAGGAAGGGGGAAAAACAACAGACAAGCAUCGCUUCGCCUGCCGUCGUGGUCCUUUGCACGGGGGAAAUGUCGUCUGUCAAGCAGCUUGUAUAUUCUGUCAUCAAUUUCUUGCGAGAACAGAGUCAGAUGGACACAUUCACUUCAGAUGAACAAGAAAGCCUUGAAGUGGCAAUUCAGUGUUUGGAAACAGUUUUUAAAAUCAGUCUGGAGGAUUCUCAUCUUGCAGUACCUGUAUGUUUGACAGAAAUGUUUGCAGACUCUUGUCAUAAGAAUGAGAUACUGCCUCUCUCAGACUCUUUGUCAGAGGGUAUUGAGAAAGCUGACCAGCUAAAGGAUGAAGGUAAUAAUCACAUGAAGGAAGAAAGUUAUGGGGCUGCAGUGGAUUGUUACAAUCAGGCUAUAGAACUGGAUCCCAAUAAUGCUGUCUAUUAUUGCAACAGAGCUGCUGCUCAGAGCAAACUGAACAACUACAAUGAAGCGAUAAAAGACUGUGAAAGAGCAAUAGCCAUAGAUCCAAAAUACAGCAAAGCAUAUGGAAGAAUGGGAUUGGCUCUGACUUCAAUUAACAAAUACCAAGAAGCAGUCAACAGCUACCGAAAAGCACUGGACCUUGAUCCAGAAAACGACUCUUAUAAAUCGAAUCUGAAAGUAGCUGAGCAAAAAUUAAGAGAUGUGGCCAGUCCUACUGGAACUGGACUGAGUUUUGAUAUGGCAAGCUUGAUAAACAAUCCUGCCUUCAUCAGUAUGGCAGCAAGUUUAAUGCAGAAUCCACAAGUUCAACAACUGAUGUCUGGCAUGAUGUCAAAUGCUAUUGGGGGUCCUGCUGCGGGUGUCGGUGGCCUCUCAGAUCUGUCAAGCCUCAUACAUGCAGGACAGCAGUUUGCGCAGCAGAUACAGCAGCAAAACCCAGAGCUUAUAGAGCAGCUGCGAAACCACGUCCGAAGCAGAUCUUUCAGCGGCAGCACGGAGGAACACUCCUGAUUUAAGAGGCAUGCGUUAGAAUACUGUGCUACUAACUCCAAAAGGCAUAAUGUAGCUUGUAGCAAAUAUCACCAUUGUAAUUCUUCUCAGACAUGAGACGGGAAAUCUUUUGUGUGUAUUCCUUAUUGUCUGUUGAAAACAGAUUCAUUGCACACAGGUCUGAACAUAUCAUGUAUGUAUAUCGAUGCCUUUGUAAAUGGAAUAUAAGUAGAGGUGGUGACUUAUUAAAAUCUCAAGGUACAAGAGAGCAUUCUCAUAGCAAGUGGACAGUGGUGCAUUACUCUUUGCUCUCUCUUGACGAGACUGGAUUUUGUACGUGCAACAAGAUUGCAUAUUGAAGCAGACACCAUCUUGUGGGAGAGGAGUGGAGCAGAUCGUGUUGAUGGGCCUGUAAUCUUGUAAAGGAAUUGUUUCAUGUUGUAUAAGGCAGUCUCUCUCAAAUCAGAGGAUUGGCCCCCAUGCAAGUCUAUGGGAAGUACAAUUGUGCAUGCCUUAUUGGAAAUAAGCCUCAAUAAAGGCUCAACUCUCUCUCGCUUCUGUUUAUCAAAGUGGAUUAUCACUUUAUAUUGACUGCUUGUAGAGGAAAAAGUAAUCAGACUGAGCUAUUUCAGGCUGAGCUGUGAAGGAGAUGUGGGGAAGUGUAUCUGAGCAAUAGGUAUUGUGGUGGAGUGGGUCAGGGUUGUACGAGGAAAGUGAAGUUGCUCAGAGUCUGGAGGACGAUAUAGCCAAAGAGCUUUGGUGAACAUGGACUGCCUGCUACAUUUUCCAGGGGUAUACUACUUCAGAGUUUGAGAGAAGCAGUAGCUUGUGUCAUUCAGGGGAUGCAUGGCCUGGUUUUCCUACAACUGUUGUAGACAUAACAGAUGUAAAAAGACAACUGCUCUGCUCUACGUCAGGGAGGGGUGGGGUGGGGUGGGGUUUGUGGGGAGAGAGAAAACAGCAGGAAAGUAACAGACCAUAUUUUAAACUGGUGAUUGAGCAGUGGAAGAUUCAUGAUACCAGAAUACUUUGGUGUGCAUAGUUGAUAAAAACACAGAUGAAUUUAUAAAGGAUGGAGGAGCGAUACAUAGGUGCGUGAGCAACACUUUACAUAAUAUAAAACAUGUCAUGAUGGGAAGUCUGCCAACAAGACACCUGAAAUUUUACCCUGAGAAUAGCUCUGAAAAGCUCCGUUAUGGAAUCACAGAUAAUAUUAAGAUAGUUAAUACUGUGAACAUAAAAACUCUUUCACUUUGGUUAAGUUCAUCUGUUUGCUUAACUAAUCGAUGAAAGGAUUGUCUACAUACUAGUAGCCGUCUUAAAUGCCACCUUUAAAAAAGUGUUUAGGAGACUCUUCAAGUUGACGAGAUGACUUGCGUCAGUCUGAUCUGAUAAGGUCAAUAGUAUUCCCUUUUGCUCUGAAUAUUUCCCCUUAAUCCCCUUUUAUCUUCCUGCUUUGCUACAUAUCCUACUUUUUAAAACAUGCUUUUGCACGUCUGCAGAAUACAUUUAGAAGGCUGUUAAGGAGGCAGAUAUUUCCAAGAUGACAGCAUUAAAACAAUAUUCAGAAAGUAGUUCAGGAAAAAGAAGGCCAGAACAUUGCAUGUAUAGAAGAACUGAGUUUGCAGUGUUUGCAGACAGUGCCGUCAAGUUGCAGCUGACAAAGGGCAACCCCAUAGGGUUUCAAGUUUGCAAUUCUGCCGCUGCUUCUUAAAAUCUUUCAAUAAAGAGCAGCCAAUGUGAUGGAUCUUCUGAAUUCCUUACAGACCUGUCUUUUCCACAAAGCCUAAUGCAUCCUGUCAGUCUCCAGCAACUUUUCACACCACAUAGAUAUAUCUGGCUAGUGGAGCGGGUGCACCAAAUAUACAUUGCUCAGACCAUUGUGAUGCUAAGCAAAUGAAAAGAAAACACUAAUUGAGAAUAUAGAUGAUAUCAGCUGCUCAGACCAUUAAUUGCAAUUGCCUAUUUAACUGUUCCAGGUUAUAAAUGGCAGCACCCAAUUAUGGCUAGGUGCCCUAAAGUCACUGGACAAAUUGGACUAAGUGGUAAUUUGUCUGUUUGCCAUGGCAGUGGUCACUGUUGCUAGUGAAAUGCUAUGGAGAGAUGUGAAUCCAUAUAGAGCCUGAGUACCACUUCAUUCAGCCUUUAAAGUAUUAGGCAGAGAUGUCUUUGCAGUGGCACAAUACUAGCAUUUUUACAGUGCUGGAUAGAUCGUUUUCCAAAACUGUUUCAGAAAGCAACACUUGACAGUAGCUGUUCACAUUCUAUUUUUAAUUCAUUAUCUCGGUUUUCCAUAAAAGAUCUAUGAAUCAGUCUUGUGUUGUUUUGGAAUAAGUUCAAUAAAGGAAAUUAAACUACAAAGCA